GGCUCUGAGCGGUGGGAGGAGGGAGGAAUUCAGCUCCGGGUAGAGGGAUGCUUCUACUGCUAGUGACUGCUACAAUCAACGAAUCAAUCUCACCAAACUCACAUUCAGCGCGAAACAUAAACCAUGGCGUCGCUUGAAGUGUUCGUGUGGAUUUUAUUAGUGGUCACCAUUGUCUCCCGCUCACAUGCAGACAGGAACCUCUACCCUUCAGCUGGAGUGCUGUUUGUCCAUGUGCUGGAAAGAGAAUACUUUAAAGGGGAAUUUCCCCCUUAUCCAAAGCUAGGGGACACCAGCAAUGACCCAAUCACCUUUAACACCAACCUAAAAGGGUAUCCAGACAGGCCUGGGUGGCUGCGCUACAUCCAGAGAACCCCACACAGUGAUGGAGUGCUCUACGGCUCCCCCACUGCAGAGCAUUCGGGCAAACCAACCAUCAUAGAGAUUACUGCCUAUAACCGACGAACUUUUGAAACCGCCAGGCACAAUUUAGUCAUAAACAUCAUGGGGACAGAAGAAUUCCCCCUGCCCUAUCAGGCAGAGUUCUACAUAAAAAAUAUGAAUGUGGAGGAGAUGUUAGCUAGUGAAGUGCUGGGAGACUUCCUGGGUGCAGUGAAGAAUGUAUGGCAGCCUGAGAGGCUCAAUGCCAUCAACAUCACAUCAGCAUUGGAUCGGGGUGGCCGGGUGCCCCUGCCUAUCAACAACCUGAAAGAGGGUGUGUAUGUGAUGGUGGGAGCAGACGUACCUUUUUCGUCAUGUUUGCGUGAAGUUGAAAAUCCUCAGAACCGGCUGCUCUGCAGUCAGGAGAUGGAACCCAUCAUCAGCUGUGACAAGAAGUUCAGAGCCCAGUUCCUCAUUGACUGGUGCAAGAUCUCUCUGGUGGAUAUUACUAAAAUUAUCCCCGUGUACAAUACUCGCCCUGAACCAGGCACAGGAGUGCUACAAGAUAUUGGAGAGUACAAUCCCCCCUCUGAGUCGCUGAAAAGUAGGAACUAUUUUUCGGACUUUCUGGUGACGUUGGCUGUACCUUGUGCUGUGGCUCUUGUUCUCUUCUUCAUCCUGGGCUACACCAUGUGCUGUCGGCGUGAAGGAGUGGAAAAAAGAAACAUGCAAACACCAGACAUUCAACUGGUGCACCACAGCUCCAUUCAGAAAUCAACCAAGGAGCUGCGCAGCAUGUCAAAAAACAGGGAAAUCUCCUGGCCUCUCUCUACACUGCCUGUGUUUAACCCUGUGAGUGGAGAGGUGGUUCCUCCCAUCCACCCAGACAACUAUGAGACCACCAGCAUGCCACUAAUGCAGACCCAGACAAAUCUACAAAAUCAAAUCCAGAUACCCCAGCAACAACCUUCGGGAGAUAAUUACAGUAUGUCAACAUUUCGAAGGCUGGAGGUAAAUGGUAUUCCUGAAGAAAUGAAAGUGGCUGAAGCGCUCAACUUGUAGUCUUCUCCACUCUUAACUUAACUUUGUGUCCCCAUUGAUUGUAUUUCCACUUUGUGCCAAAUAAGCAUCUUCUGAUCUUCAUACAACGACUGAAGCUUAUGUAACAAUGGCCUCAUUCCACCUAGAAAAUGUACACCAGUCAGAUUUUUUUCAGGUGAAUAGUGUUUGAAAGCACAUUUAAAAUGACACAUUGAAGCUCUAAAUAAAUUAUCAUUGUUUAAUGUAAAGUUCUAUCUUACAAUAUGUUUUGAUAAAGAAACUAAACAAAUAAAUAUAAGAUGAAAAUCAAA